UGUAUUCCUUGUCGACUAGUAGUUGGGCUAGAGUUCUUUCUACGUUGUUGGUGUGCUGUUUACGUCAAAAGGUCAAGUCCGGACAUUCUGAAACAAAAUUAACCGAAGAUGCUGUCGAUCAUGAGUCAAAAACCAACUACUUCGCAAAAACAGUUAGAGGAGAAUGGACGUAACUUAAUAAUAAAAGAUAUAUUAUCAGGUUUAGGCGUUGAUUUAAACUAUAGAGAUUCACAUGGGAAAGCCCCUUUACACCAAUAUGGAGAGACAAACAACUUAAUUAUGGGAGCACUUUUGUUAAAAGGGGGAGCAGAUGUUAAUAUCAAAACAAAAGGGUAUGAUCGAGGAAAAACUCCUUUACAUAUAAGCGUUGAAAGCAAUCACGUAGAAUUUGUUAAACUUCUGGUGGGAUGUAAAGCAAAUGUCAAUGCACAAGAUGCUAAAGAUCAGAAAACACCUUUACAUAGUAGUGCUGAAAAAGGAAACAAAGACAUUUUUGAUAUUUUGUUGGCUGCAGGCGCAGAUGUAAAUCUGGCAGACAGGAGAGGUAUGACAGCUUUACAUGUAAAUAUUGAAGAUGGACAAGAACCUUGGAUACACACGGAUAUUUUAUUACUUUCUCCUAACGUACCAGACAGAUCAGAGAGAGAAGGUAAGCUAGUUGAUAGUCUGCUCGAUGCAGGUGCUAAUGUAAACCUGGCUGACAAGGAAGGUAGGACAGCUUUACAUAUUGCUGCUGAUCAAGAUUAUGUGAAAAUCGUCAAGCUGCUUUUAGAUAGAGGCGCGGAUAUUAAUAGAAAAGACGUUAACGGAUGUACACCGUUACACUAUUGCGCACAAAAUAGGAAAAGUGAUAUGAUCGUUUUUUUACUUGAAGCUGGAGCUUCAGAAAACAUCAGAGACAACGAAGACCAAACAGCUUUACACUACGCUGUCCGAUUCAUGAGUAAUGAAUCAGUUAAAACACUGGUAACGUGCAAUGAUAUUCUUGACAUAACAGACGUAAAUGGACAAACAGCUUUACACUACAGCGUACAGAAAAACUACAGAAAUAGCGUCUUGACAGAAACUCUGUUGAAAGCAAGGGUUAAAGUAAAUAUCAGAGACAAAGAAGGUAAAACGGCUUUACAUUAUGCGGCCAUGUUUGGAUAUAAACAAACAGUUCAAACACUGCUGAAAUAUACAGAUGGUCUUGACAUAGGAGACAACUUUAACCAAACAGCUUUACACUACAGCGCCAAAAGUGGUGAAACAGAAAUCAUGGAGAUGUUACUGGAAGCCGGAGCUGGUGUUGACGUCAAGGAUCAGUACGGGAAAACCCCGUUGCACUACAUAAAUAAUUCUUACGCAUCUGAGGUCAUUAAAGUGCUCAUCCAACAUGGUGCUAACCUUGACAUUGUUGACUUUUUCGGUCAGACAGCCUUGGACGUGGCUGCUCAAGAAAAUCACUAUCAUGCCGUUGAAGUUCUAAAACAGAACGGCGUUAAAUCUUCAAAAGAAAACCAAGAGGAAAUAAAUACUGUGUUGGACUGUUCAAUAUUUCAAGAGGUAAAAUCAACGAUUGAUACAACACCAAUAGAUUGGCCCAAAACGACUCAAUGUGCAAAUGUUGAUUUUAGCCAAAGUUCCGAUGACACAACAAGCACAACAACAGCUGGUACAUCAUUUGCAAGUGGAAAUACUACCCCAAGUACUUACACUGCACCAUCUAUGGAAACAACACCAACAGCUUCUAUCACUGAUCCAGAUGCAAGUGAUGAUACUACCCCAAGUACUUAUACUGCACCAUCAAUUGAUACAGAAGCAUCAGCUUCUUCAACUACUACAGAAGCAAGUGAUGAGACUACCCCAAAUUCUCAUACUGCACCAUCUAUAGAUAAGAUACUGACAGUUGGUACCACUACUAUACCAGUAGAUACUGUUGCUACUACCACAAAUCCGGAUAUUACAAUACUAGCAACCCGUACUACAACUACAGAUACAUCCACCAACACAGCUAAACAAUUUGAAAAUUUCACGAAGUCGACUGGUGAAAAUGAAAGCUACCAAAAUCACAACUUAUCACAGACAAAACAGCAAAUGAUAAAUGGGAAUAAUCAGACACUCCUGGAUAAUCGUAUGAAGAUAUUGGACCAAUCGGAUACUUUUCAUGAUCAUUCAGCUGGACUUGGUCUAGAAAAUGCACAUAAACAGGAUACGAUGGAUAUUCAGGAAACGACUGGCGUCCUUGGUGCCACCAAAAACAAGGAGAAAAGAAAUAAGAAUUAUCCAAAACAAAACACUAUGGGUAAAACACCGAUAGAUUGGGGCACAACGACUCCAUGUGUAAAUGUUGAUGUUAGCCCAAGCACUGAGGACACAACAACCACACCAACAGGUUAUAUCACAACAAUAGAUGUUACAACCCCAAUUAUGGAUACAGCAUCAGCUACCAAUGUAACAUCAACAGCUUGUACCACAGCAGCUGAUGAAUCUGAUGAUACUACCACAAGUACCGAUACUAUUCCAGCGACAGUCACAACCACUAUAGCCUACACCACGUCUACACCAGCUACAAGUACAAACUCCACAAAGCAAAUUACCAGCUACACAACUACAUCAACAAACGUUAUCAAAACUACACAGCUUAAACACCCACGUAAGUCAACACAUAACAUGUAUAAAAGCCACCAAAAGUAUAACAUAACACACCCAUCUCUAGAAACGUUGGUGGAGAAUGGUCAGACAUGCUUGGGAAAAAAUAUGGAGGCGUUAGACGACUCAGUCAGUGGUCAAAAUAUUUUAGCUCAACUAGGUCGAACAAAUGAUAAACAAGACAUGAUGGUCAAACAAGAAAAGACUAGACUCGGAAGCAUCGUCAAAAACAAAACGUUCAUACGAAAUAACGAUAAAAGAAAGAAAAUCUUUGACAAAUUGGUAAGACACAAUUCUAGUGACCAUAUUGAAAAUCCUACAAAGAGUAUGAGAAACAGUUCGUCGGUUAGGAAGCCUAAAAAGGGCGAAAGUAACCUGUUAAGAAGUGGUUCAGCUGAUUCUUUAGAAAGUAGUACGAAAUAUUUUAGAAAACGGAUCCGAACCAGCAUAGAUGAUAUGAGGCAUCAAAGUUAUAUGAGUGCCAACGAUUACAGAAAAAAAUGUUUCUGGAAAUAUAAACCAUACCAUAGGAAGAGAAUGAAAAAUACAAAUCUAAAAUCUACGGGCCUUGAUUUAAACCAUUCUACAAAGCCAAACACGUUAGAAUGGAGCGACAUGGGCUAUCAUAACGAAACAAAACGAAAAACACAAAUGCUAAGAGAGAAUGAAGUUUCCCUUCCAGUAAAAACUGUAUUAAAUACAGUUCAGUGGGCGCUGAGUACUAAAAUGACAAGAAAUUGUGGAAAUACAGUAAACACGAUAGUAAAUGUGAAUCUAAAUUACACUGCAAAUAUAAUUCGGGACUGCAGCGAGGUGAAUAUUGAGAACGUGAAGUACUUAACCAUAGACGGCAAAUUUGGUGGCCAAGAUGGGUAACAGAUGAACAUCUUCAUUGGACAAAAUUGGUGGGGAAGACGGGGGAAAAUCUUGAUUGGACAAAAUUGGAGCAGCGUUUGAAAGGGCACUCGAGUGUUUAAAUCAGAUUUAGAUUAAGUUGUAUUAUAGUUGUUUUAAUUUUUUUAAUCGGUGUAAGCUGUUAUAACGUAAACUAUUUUCGCUUUAAUAAAAGUAAAAUAGAAAUUAAAACUCAUGCAUCAAUACUUUUAACACCCUACAUUCAAAGCCAAUUUCUUUUUUGUCAGAGGUUUUUAUUUAUAUAGAAAUUGUUUUCUAUUGACUCACAUUUCAAUCUAGAUAUAGAUUAUAUGCUAAAAGUCGAACAUAGACUAGAUUUCAACAAUCAUUAUCAACAAUAAUUGUACCUUGGGACUUCUAAUUGUCUUUAUUUAUAUUCUAAAGCAAAUAAACAAAAUUGAACCCUCUCUUUCUCUCUCUUUCUCUCUCUCUCUCUCUCUCUCUCUCUCUUGCUGUCAUGUACCACGAAAUAGAGUAAAAGCCUAGAGAAGUGAGAUGGUAACAUAGAACAGAUGCGUUACAAGAAGAUGCCUUUGGAGAAAUUACAUCAGUAUCAGGUUGUUUGGAGGGUUCGGCGUCUUCAUGUCAAUAAGCUCAUGGUUUCUAAACCGAAAAGUCCUGAGUUAAAACCCUUGGGCAUAUGAAGUUCCACAGCUGGGACAGCAACUUCUAUGGGAGACAACUCCGAAUUCAAACUGCGGCUUUGUAGUUUAUUCUUGGUUUCAAGGAAUUAUCUUCUGGUCUCUCGACUGCAUUUUCACUCGUAUAUAUAAAAUAUACAAAAAGUAUUGUAGUGCAAAAAAAAAUCGAGAUUUUCGCAAAUCUCGACGUUUUACACCUCCUUGAGUCGGAAAAACAUAGUUUUGCAAUCUUGUCUGUAUUUCUGUGUAUUUGUGUGUGUAUUUGUGUGUGUCUGUGUGUGUGUGUAAACACGAUAACUUGAGUAGGCCUACCUUUAUAGCUAAGUUGAUGAAAUUUCAAAUAUAAGUAUUAUAUCAAAUUUUUAGAUCCUUAUCAACUUAUGAGCGAUUUCUGAUAAACUAAAGUGGAACUUCUGUCAAAUUAUGGGUAAUUUCCGUUGACCAGAAGUAGUAAUUUACGCUACUUCCGAUUUCUCAAAAAGGCAUGUGAAUUUAUAAAGUACUAAUAAUAUUCCGCACUAUUUUACACAUUUUAUUUGGCGAUCACUUGGUGUGCGAUUCUUUUUUCUACGAGAUUCUAUUCUAUUUUUAAAAGUUUAAGUAAUUAAAAAUGUAUUUAAAAUAUUGUUGUUAUCCCCCGUAGUGUUUUAUUAGAAUAUUAGAGAAUGUUUAGGAGAGAUCACUCCCGGUUUAUUACUUUUAAUUUACAAAUGUGAAAAGUUCACAAAUAGAUAAGACACACAGUAGUUUACACACUCGCGCAUAUUUUCUUUAAAAAAAAGACUUUACAUAAGUAUACCCACAACUUCAACACAGUCUUGACCAACACAUUUACACAAAACUGAUACAAAGUCUCGCUACGCACAUUUAUACAGACAACUGGUUUACACUACUUGCAACACACAUUUACACACAAUUUAUACAUAGUCUCGCUACACACAUUUAUACACAAAACUGCCACACACCCCUCUAGACCCACAUAGCAUAGCUGUAAGAUGUUGUGUGCUUACCGAAUAAAAAAUAGGGAAACGCAACAAUGCUAUCAUCGAUUCUUAUAAGUAGUCUAAGAAAGACGUGUUGUAGAUAAGAAAUAUACAGAAAAAUUAUGUUGUGUGUCCUUCUAAGGUCUGGUUUUCCUGUGUGUGCCUACAUUCUAGACUAUACACUGUUCUUGUAGGGAUACGUCACAAAGAUAAAUACUUUGAUUGCAUGUAAGUCAUUUAUGUGAACAUUAUUAUAUUUUAUGCUAAAAUAUGCUUUCAAUAAAUCAUACAUUAUACAAUGGGCACAUACAGAGCUAAAACCUUUCUGUGUCAAUA